GCACGCUUAGUGCUUCUCUGCCGCGAGACAUCGACCCCAUCCAGCCAGCCGCCGGCGCUUGCAAGGGGAGGCGACCAACAAGAGAAGGGGCGAGGAAAUGGUGGCGUUUAGGUUCCAUCAGUAUCAGGUGGUGGGGAGAGCACUCCCUUCGUCGACCGAUGAGCAUCCCAAGAUCUACCGGAUGAAGCUGUGGGCGACCAACGAGGUUCGCGCGAAAUCCAAGUUCUGGUACUUUUUGAGGAAGCUCAAGAAGGUUAAAAAGAGCAACGGGCAGGUGCUGGCGAUCAAUGAGAUUUUUGAGCGUAAACCAACUAAGAUCAAGAACUAUGGGAUCUGGCUAAGGUAUCAAAGCAGAACAGGUUACCACAACAUGUACAAGGAGUACCGUGAUACUACUCUAAAUGGUGCUGUUGAACAAAUGUACAAUGAGAUGGCCUCUCGUCAUCGAGUGAGGUGUCACUGCAUCCAAAUUAUUAAGACAGCUACUAUUCCUUCUAAACUUUGCAAGAGGGAGAGCACCAAGCAGUUCCAUGAUUCCAAAAUCAAGUUUCCCCUGGUGUUCAAGAAGGUCCGGCCACCAACCAGGAAGUUAAAAACCACAUACAAAGCAUCAAGACCCAACUUGUUUAUGUAGUUCUCAUCUCCCUUGCUUGCAAAUGUUCGGGAGCAUGGAUCUUCGAGUGAAACGCUUUAUUUGGUGAGCGCUAAGAAACUUUGUUAGUAGAUUAAUUGAAGUUUUGGAAUUGCUUAGUUGAAUUAAUUGUAGACUAUUUUGUCUUUGUUAAGUCUUGUUGGUCUUUUAUCAGUCUACGGAUGUGUUCUUGCGUAGUUAUGCAAGUCUCUUAGCUGUUUCUCUUCUACUUUGUUA